AUGCAGUUCGGUCGGUUGGUUGGGCGGGGCGUUGGGCAGUUGGGCAGUAUGCUGGACCUCGAGGUGAUGGUGGUGAAUUUCGCCAUGACCCGCGUGGUGGCGGCGCUGUUCCUGAAGCAAACGUUGGAGGUGGCCGCAAAGGAGCGCGAGCGCGUGGCCAACGAUGCAAAGACGAAGAAGGACAAGAUGGCAAAACGCUUGCGGGAUGUCUUCAAGCUGGCGGACGACACCGGGGACGGGUGUGUGGAGCUGGCAGAGUUCCAGCAGAUGUUGGACGAGCCCGAGGUGCGAGAGACUUUGGAGUCCAUGGAGCUGAACCACCACGAGGUUCGCGCGCUGGUGGAGCUGCUGAGUGGGGGCGAGCGCCCGGUGCCCAUCCUGGAUUUCCUGCAUGCCGCCCUGACCAUGCACGAGCAGGCGAAGACCAUCCACCUGAUGCAGGCGUCCAUGGACAUCGCGAAGGUGGAGCGGGAGGUGCUGUCCAUUGGCGCCAAGCAGAACGCCUUGCUCAAGCGCUUGGGCAUGGCGGCGGAGAUCGCCGCCCUUUGA